AUGAAAGUCGGCCAACUACUAAUUAUACCACUAUUUUUACUGCUGCUUGGCCAUUCGAUGGGCCAACUGAGGAGGACUCCCAUCACUCGGAAGAUCAACCAGAACAAGACCCAUGCCAAUGUGAAGGCGGAGAAGAUCGUGCUGGCUGCCAAGUAUUUUCUGGUGGACAGACAAUCCUCACAAACGACACAGGUGCUGACCAACGGAUUCAAUCUGGAGUACACCAUUCGGCUCUGCAUCGGAACACCACCGCAGUGUUUUAAUCUUUAGUUCGACACCGGAUCAUCCGACUUAUGGGUGCCGAGUGCGAAGUGUCCAAGCACCAACGAAGCCUGCCAGAAGCACAAUAAAUACAACUCGAGUGCGUCCAGUUCCCACGUGGAGGAUGGAAGAGGAUUUAGCAUACAGUACGGCUCAGGCAGCUUGACUGGAUUUCUCUCCACGGGUACGGUGGACAUCGAUGGUAUGGUAAUCAGGAAUCAGACUUUCGCCGAGGCCGUCGAUGAACCAGGUUCAGCCUUUGUGAACACCAUUUUUUACGGCAUAAUUGGAAUGGCAUUUGCGUCCAUCUCCGGAGGAAUCACCACUCCCUUUGACAACAUCAUCCGGCAAGGAUUGGUCAAACAUCCGGUGUUCUCCGUCUACCUCAGGCGCGAUGGCACCUCACAGCUUGGCGGAGAAGUCAUCUGGGGAGGAAUAGAUCGGAGCAUCUACAGGGGUUGCAUCAACUACGUUCCCGUAUCGAUGCCUGCCUAUUGGCAAUUUACGGCUAAUUCGGUGAAAGUCCGGGACAUCCUGCUGUGCAACGGAUGCCAGGCCAUAGCCGAUACUGGUACAUCGCUCUUCGCCGUUCCCCUGCGAGCCUAUAGAGCGAUCAAUAAAGUGUUGAAUGCCACCGAUGCUGGAAAUGGAGAAGCCUUUGUGGACUGCAGCAAUCUCUGCAAACUGCCGAAUGUUAAUCUAAAUAUCGGUGGCACUACCUACACGCUAACCCCAAAGGAUUACAUCUACAAGAUCCAGGCGGAAAACAAUGAAAUCCUGUGCCUAUCCGGCUUCACCUACUUGCAGGGAAAUUUACUAUGGAUUCUGGGAGACAUUUUUCUAGGAAAGGUUUAUACGAUUUUCGAUGUGGGCAAGGAGAGAAUUGGUUUCGCCAAACUAAAGAAGCAUUCAAGUUAUAGUGCUUAUGCCUCCAGUUAUGUGAAAGAACCACCUAGCUAUGGCAUCGAUUACUAUUCCUACGGCGAUGAAUACUCCAGAUUCUUUACCUGA